AUGCGGUCCUCGUUGCUCACUCUCUUCGAGUGGAGGCGACCACAGACUCACACCACUCGUCACUCUCACAUGUCCUCUCGUCCGUCGGUAUCCGGGCCGCCCUGGUCGUUGCGUAGCCAUAAUCCGCUGAUAGCAGGUUGGUUGACAUUUGCAGACUCGCAACAACAUGUCUGUCGGAUCGGUCGGUCUUCUGCCUGCCUCGGAGCCCUCAACUGGGUCGGUGGGUGCUCGUGUUGCACACCAUUUUGCGUCCGUUCACCUCGGCCUGGAUCUGUCGCCUGUCCGACCUACAUGCCUUAG